AUGUCACCUUCGGUACACGAUGCGCAACCCACGUUCAGCGUGCUCACGACGCUACAAGCACUGGCAAUGGCGAUCAAACGCAAGAUGGCGUCCGCUCCCGGCUAUGGCAGCAAAUACUUCAGGCGUACCAGAAGCACAUCUGUCGAGGACAAGCAGAGACCGAACUUCUUGAAACUUCCACCUGAGCCACGCAACUACAUCUACGAUCUUUCUCUCGUUCAAGCAGGCAUACGCAUACAAGUCACUCCUCAGCUCAAGAUCCCUGGCCUUCUAGCAAGCUGCCAGCAGAUACGACAGGAAGCAAUUCGGAUAUACUGGCUGCAGAACGAGUUUGAAGUCAAGAUCUUCGACCACGAUGUCAGAGUCUGGAUCAGAUUCUCGAUUCUACUGUGCGGACUUGAAGAACUACAGUAG